CGCCUGUGGGAGCUCUGAGGCUGGCUGUGCUUUCCUCGCUGUUCUCCGUCUCUCUGCUCUUCCCGGACGAGUCUCCUCUGCUGAAGCCCAAAGUCCUGAUCGCCAUCGUGGCCAGGAACGCAGCGCACAGCCUGCCGCACUACCUGGGCUGCAUCGAGAGGCUGGACUACCCCAAGGAGAGAAUCGCCAUUUGGGCGGCGACAGACCAUAACAUGGACAACACUACAGCCAUGCUGAGAGAGUGGCUGAAAGCAGCUCAGAGCAGAUACCACUAUGUGGAGUGGAGGCCCAUGGAGGAGCCUCGGUCAUACACAGAUGAAUGGGGGCCGAAGCACUGGUCUCCAUCCAGAUUCAACCACCUGAUGAAGCUCAGACAGGCAGCUUUGAAGGCAGCACGUGAGCGCUGGGCCGACUACAUACUGUUUGCAGACAGUGAUAACCUCUUAACAAACCCACGGGUGUUGGAUCUGAUGAUGGCGGAGAAUCUGACCCUCGUGGCUCCCAUGUUAGAAUCACGUUCUCUCUACUCCAACUUCUGGUGUGGAAUCACUCCUCAGGGCUACUAUAAGCGUACUCCAGAUUAUCAGCCCAUCCGCGAGUGGAAGCGUUUGGGUUGUUUUGCUGUUCCGAUGGUUCACUCCACCUUCCUGCUGGAUCUGAGACGCUCCUCCUCCAGAUCACUCGCCUUCUAUCCCCCCCAUCCAGACUACAGCUGGGCCUUCGACGACAUCAUGGUGUUCGCCUUUUCUGCCCGCCAAGCAGAUGUUCAGAUGCAUGUGUGUAACAGGGAGCACUAUGGCUUCCUGCCCAUUCCUCUGAAGGCCCAUCAGAGUGUAGAAGAUGAAGAAGAGAGUUUCACUCACACCGUCACCGAGGCACUCAUUGACCACAGAAUGCAACCUUCGGAGUUGCUGUUCGUCCCUCCGAAGCUUCAGGACAGGAUGGGCUUCGAAGAGAUCUUUCUGAUUAAUCUGAAAAGGAGAACUGACCGGAGGGAGAGGAUGUUGAAUACAUUGGAAGCUUUAGGGCUGGAGGUCACUGUCACUGAGGCUGUGGACGGCAAGGCUUUGAACUCAUCCCAGCUACAGGCUCUGGGUAUUGAGAUGAUGCCGGACUAUAAGGACCCAUAUUCUGGCCGAGUUCUGACCAGAGGAGAGAUCGGCUGCUUCCUCAGCCACCAUGCCACAUGGAUACAGGUGGUGGAGAGGGGUCUACAGCAUGUGUUAGUUCUGGAGGACGAUGUCAGAUUCGAGCCCCGGUUCAAGAGAAGAAUGCAGACCAUCAUGGAAGACGUGGAGAAAGCUCAGCUGGACUGGGACCUCAUUUAUGUGGGCCGUAAGCGGAUGCAGGUGGCCCAGCCGGAGGUAUCAGUGGAGGGUGUGGACAACCUGGUGGAAGCUGAUUACUCCUACUGGACUCUGGGUUACGCUCUGUCCUUGCAGGGGGCGCGCAAGCUGCUGUCCGCACAGCCCUUUGGCAAGAUGCUGCCUGUGGACGAGUUUCUGCCCAUCAUGUUCAACAAACACCCCAACACUGCGUACAUGUCACACUUUGAGCCGAGGGAUCUGCGGGCGUUCUCUGUGGAGCCGCUGCUGGUGUACCCGACACACUACACGGGUGAGCCGGGCUACUUCAGCGACACUGAAACCUCCACCAUCUGGGACGACGAAUCCAUCAGUACAGACUGGGACCGGAAACACGCCCCGAAAACUGCCCAGCAGGGCCAGAUACGCCCCAUCGCCCAGAACAGUGUAACAGGGGACACACCGCCCCCUGCAGUCCGGGCAUCAAGAGACGAACUGUGACAAGAGUGGAGGGAAAGACUUAACACACACACACACACACACACAUACACACACACACACACACACUCACAUACACUAUGGUUUAAAAGUUUGGGAUCACUGUUUUCAAUCAUUUAAAACCAAUUUGGUUGCAGAUAAAUGCAUAGGACUAUUCUAAUAUGGUACCUCUGUGCAACUUCAAAGGUUUCUGAUAAGAAAUGUCAUGGAAUUUAUGUUCGUUUUAACUCGGACUCAUAGUGAAUGGUAAACAUACUGGUAUACAGAGUGGUUGCAUAGUGUAUAUCGCUGUUGUUGGGACAAAACCUCAUAUCUCCAUUUUUGUCAUUGUUUAGUUUUUGGUAUAAUUUGAAAAUGUUGUUCUUUACAUUGUAUGUAAAUUUCAUGACGACCAAAAGAAACGGACCAAAAUGACUUGGUAAAAAAUCUGGUUCCAUUGACUUACAUUAAAAUUGAAGUAUGUUUUUUUCUUCUCCUGUAAAAUUAGAAUUUUGGAGAUACAAGGUUUUCUUCUGACAGCAACAACAUGUUAUAUAGUGGUAUUGUGUCAUAGUGCUCAGCCUCUCAGCUAAAACAGUCUGGGUUAUUAUGUUUUUCAUUGAUUUUCUAAGUGAAAUGAAGUGAACACAUCCUCUACAGAGAACACACUUAAGUCUGAUGGCAUUGUUCUGCACAUUCUAGUGCAGAAUUUCUAUCUUUUCUAUUAUUAUAGUUCAACAUAUUGGGAAAAAAUAACAAAGCUGUGAUGCGCAUUCAAAUGUGCAGUAAUUUGUUCUCUGUAGAGGAUGUGUUCACUUAUUUUCACAUAGGAAAUCAACAAAACAUAAUUUGAGCAGGGGUGUGCAAACUUUUGCAUACAACUGUACACAUUAACACCUGACCCCAAUUAGCUCUGAAUUCAAAAUACAGAAUUAAGUUGAUUUGUGUGCUCAUAACUGUGUGUAUAUCAAGUUUUACAAUGGCUUCAAACGUUCCCCAGCCAAUCAGAUUUUAGAACCAGACAAAUAUAUUUUAUGAUUUUAUAAUUAUAAUUUGAUGCAUCUUGUUCUUUAUUGGAGGCCAGCUAGUUAAUGAAUAAAGAAAUUGCUAAAAUUUGCACCCUAGUGGUGAUGAAAUCUUGAGGCAGACAACUUAUCAAGGUAUUAUUGUAAAUUGAUAAUUACAGUAGAUUAUUCAUCAUUUAUAACGUUGUACCCCCAAAAAUAAAUAUUAAAUUUAUUGCAUAAAACAUCUAAAAACACCCUUUACAUUGAAAAGUUAUUAUAUAUAGCCAAAAUGAUUAAUAUGACAAGUGAUUCCAAACUUUUGAACAGUAAUGCGCUACCAGCAGUAGCCAAAGAUCAUCAAACCCGGUCAACUCUUACACUGUCUGUCACUGCAAAGCCGGCAGCCUCUAUCAUUCGCUGGUUUUCAGCCAAUAGCAUUACAGCAGGCUGAGAUGCUCGAACACCAUUGGCUGGUGAGAUGAAUGCUCACGUUUUACGGCAAAUUUAUUUAUUUGACACAAAUGUACAGAUUGUGUGUCUGUCUGUCUUCCUGUCCAUCUGUCCAUCCGCAGCAUCGUCCCUGGAGGACGCUGAGAGACACUUGAGGAGUAAUGGCGCUCAACAGACUAACCACACUAAGGACAUCUUACGAAAAACUGGACGGACGGAAAGACGGCAGCAUGUGGGAGACGGACACACAGACCUUUGGCAGUGUGGGAACAACAACAACAGAAAAUAGUCAUAAACCAGUGGAUCUUUUUUUUUAUUUAAAAGAGGAUAAUUACUGUAAAUGGAGUGAAACAGGUGUGGUUUAUGGGGCAAUGCAGGGAAUAAAAGGAUGCACAGCUGUCUGAAUACAAACACUGAAUUA